UUCAUAUCUCACAAGGAACCUCAAUCCUUUUCCGAUUUCUAUUCCGCUUCUUCUCAUAUUAAAUAAAAUAUUAAAUUUGAAAAAAUAAAAGUAAAUAUAUUUGCAAAUUAACUUCUCCGCUUCCAGUCGCGUGAAAAUCACGAUGAUCACGAUGAUGAUGGUCGCCGACACUGUAGCAGUAACCGCCGCCAAAGGUCUCGCCGUCCUUCGCAUCUGUCAAUCCACCUGUACCUUUUCCAUCGCCGAUUCCGGUGCCGACCAGAUCUCGGCGAUGAUUCAGGCCUACGACGCCGUUGCGCCGCCUCCGGUGAAGCCAAGCACGUACAGGAUACCACGUCGAACACUUCUCCGGAGAAAACGACGAACCAGACGCAAGUUGUCGGGCGAUGACUCCGGGGACGCCGGGAACGAGGAGUUCUUCUUCGGUGACGGCGGCGAUGGUCCUUUCGGCGGUGGCGGAGGCGGCGGGUUCGGUGGCAGUGGCGGCGGUUGGAAUUUCAAUAGAUUUGGGGGUGGUCAUAAUUGGGAUGAACCCUCAUCUUCGUUGCCGGAUCCUGCGUUCGAUUUCGUGUAUCAGGUGCUGUCGUGGAUUAUGCUUUCGAAUUGUUUGCAUUUUGCGUUCAAGAAGAUUGUUCGAAUUGUUGCGGCUGGGUCGAUUGUGGAUUCCGAUAGGGAAAAGGUUCCUGCCAGAUUGGCUCCAAUUUGCUGAUUUGGUACCUUGUUAAUGUGUUCAUAAUUGCGCUUUGCUCCCCUAUUUAAUUGGGCAUUUACUGUAAAUAACUUAAUAUGUUGUAUAUAAUUUAUAUCAUUUAGUAUCUAAUUCCAUGGUAAUGAUGACAUGCUUAGAGAAUCAUUUAUAAUAAUUUGAUAGAUAGUUCGGGCACAUAGACUCGUUUACAGUUAUGUUAUAAUGGUUCUAGGUUGAGUGAUUAAUUGCUACAUUAUUUGAGGUGGUACUGUAUCCUAAUCCAAGUCGAGGCAUGCCCUUUUGUAUGUUAUAUCUUAUAAUCCCUGAUUCAUGUUUUAGACAGUAAUACGAUAGAGUAUAGAGAGACAGGAGAUUUUUGGAUGUUCCUUGGUAACAGCUUCAAUCAUCAAUGCCAAGGUCGCAUUACUUUUCAACAUCCUUUUUUCUGUGCCAGCAGUGUGUACGAUUUACAAUGUUUGCUGUAAAAUGUAUAAUCAGUUUUGAUGUUGCGUUUAGCGUGUUGUACUACUAUUUGUUUUGUUGGUUUCAAUAGUUAGCGUUGUUGAAAAAUAUUCCUUGUCAACCUGGUCCUGGUGUAUGGUUCGUAGCAGAUAGAAUAUGGGAUUUUUUGUAUAUCAUUAUAUGAUCGAUAAUCAAUAACUCAUUGUGCUUUUGUUCUGCUCUUGGUGAUUAUUUAUAGCACGUAGAUUAGGGAUUUUAUAAAAUGAUGUUCGAUUGACUAUUUGUGUAUUUGAACGGAAUGACCAAUAUGUGUGUUUUUAGGAUUGCCCCACAAAUGUUUCUUCCCGACUUCGUCAAAAAGAGGCAACUAGAUUCUAUUUUGUAUGGUUUUGUUUCCUUCCUUUGUUCUCUUUGUUGGUUGUUCUUUCUUGGGUACCAUGUUGAAGUCUUGAACAUGACGGGGCCUUAAAAAAAUGUAUAAGUAUCUUCCUGGUAGCAAAUGCAAAAAAUUUAAACAUGAUGAGUGAUAUUAGAGAAAACAUGUAUACGGUGUCAAAAUGGUGAAAUUGGUUGGCAGGAGUUACGAGAGUUAUUCGGCAUAUAUGUUAUUUGACCAAAACAAAAAGUUACCUAGCUCUUUGCUGUGCAACUAAGAUAUAUAAUAAUAAGAAGAACAAGAACAAGGAGAAGAAAAACAAGAAGAAAAAGAACAACAACAACGACGAGAAGAAAAAGAACAAGAAGAAGAAUGACAACAGCAACAAAAAGAAGAACAAGAACAAGAGAAGCUCUUGUGUGUUUUUAGGCUUGCCCCACAAAUGUUUCUUCCCAACUUCUGUCAAAAAGAGGCAACUAGAUUCUAUUUUGUCUGGUUUUGUUUCCUUGCUUUGUGCUCUUGUUGGUUGUUCAUUCUUGGGUACCAUGUUGAAGUCUUGAACAUCUCGGUGCCUUCAAAAAAUGUUCUAUGUUGAAUCACCAAUUGACAGGACUCCUAAGACUUGGCUCUCUUUUUUGGGCAGGGCAUCAAAUACAUGUAUAUUUACCAAUUAACCAAGUAUCUUCCUGGUAGCAAAUGCAAAAAUUUUAAACAUGAUGAGUUAUAUUAGAGAAAACAUGUAUAUGGUGUCAAAAUGGUGAAAUUGGUUGGCAGGAGAGAAGAAGAAAAAUAAGUUGAAAUUAAGCCUCAGUUGAAAUUAUGCUUCUUAUCUCUCUGCCUCCAUCUAUUUCACACCCCAUUUUACGGGUGCAAAUGGAUCAUUUCCGGAGUAACAAUUAUAAUUAUGCUAGAUAGUCUGAUAACAAGUGUCUUAUCGGGGAGUGAUAUUGUUCCACUUGUUUAGUAGACCAUUUUGUUUGUAGUAGCAGCGUGGUAUUUAGUAGGAGAAAUUGAUGUUAGCUUCAACUUUGAGGCUUAAUGUUUGUUUGGUCAUAUUUUGCUUACUUUGGAUAGUCCAGAUAGUAAGGCUGAGCCCUGGGCAAUGCAAAACUGAACUGAAAUUGCGUAGUAUAGUUGGUUUAGGACUGUUAGGGAAUGUUGACAUCCCAAGGGACUAGGAUUGGCAGAAAACUAGUUGGAUACUUGGAUUGAAGGUUUGUUGAGCGAAUGAGAUAGUAAGUUCUAUUAGCAGAUAUAGUUCACUGCAUAGAUAGACCAUCGUAGUUGCUGCCCUGUGAUAUUAAUUUGCUGGUUUGUUUAUUUUUAGGUUAAAAUCAUACAAUUUGAGGGAUGGAUCUAUUACUCUAGAAUAUUUAUUGUCAUUUCUCUUCAGUAAAUGAAUACCCAGUUGCAGCGCAGUAGUACUGUUAAGGCAACGGUAAUUUUCUUUUUGUAAAGUAUAGAUUAGUAAAUGAAUACAUUCUCCUUUACAUAUUCUCUUUUUUACAAAAAUUCAAUAAGAUAUAUUGA